AUGGUCUAUCGCGGUCCGUUGGCCUACUCGUGGGUGUUGGUGUGCUCGGUGCCCGAUAAAACGAUUGUCCCGGAACUCCGCGAUUUCGCCAUUUGGCUAACGGGCGUACUGCAAGAGCAGGCUGCCUCCCACGGAUUUACGCAUUAUUUUGACGAAGAGCCGAAACGCGUCCUGUACACGACACCGGGCAACGAGGUGGAAGUGCGCUGCGCCUAUAGCACCAUCCACAGAGAACUUCCAGGGGUGAUGGUUGUGUUCCAUAUUUUACCGGAGCCCGAUUCGCUGGAGUAUAAACUGAUGAAGGAGUUAGCGGCCAAAUACGAUCUGAUACGCCAGGGUAUUUUGCUGACGAAUGCUGUGAGUCGUUUCGCAGGAUGCAGGAUGAGGGAUGUUGUAGGCAAUAUCUUACAGUGGUUCAGCCGAUGCCUUUCCCGGCUUAUUUUGGCAUCCGAUCUGUAUCCCGCAAAGUUUACUAUGAAGGUUGGAAAUGGGCCACGGGGAAUAACGAUCAUUCCUCCCGGUUCGGCUGAUGCGACAUAUGCUGUUAAUAAAGUUCUGCAUGGAAAGGAUGAUGAAAAAAUUCGCUGCAGCAAUGCAGUAUCGCUGGUACACGUGUAUGGUUUUCCGAACAAUUACAGUAAAGAACAGCUGGUGAAAUUGUUCGGAAAACUCCGAAUUACCAAUGUUACAAUGAAUAUGGAUCCUGGCGCUGUGGUUGAAUUCGCAAAUAAAUUUCAUGCAGCUCAGGCUGUUCUGCAGUACAAUCAAAUGCGCAUAGGUCCAUUUUUUCGGCUUUCUGUGUUACCUCUUCAUCCGGAACUGAAGGAGAACGUGGCAGUUGCGUUACGCAGAGAUAAAAUUGCUGCCGAGAAGUCGCAAAAAUGCAGGAAUGAGAGCGCUGUCGAGAAUGGGCAUCCUGAGAACGUGGCAAUUGCGUUACGCAGAGAUAAACUUGCUGCCGAGAAGUCGCAAAAAUGCAGGAAUGAGAACGCUGUCGAGAAUGGGCAUCCUGUUUUUGUUCAGAAUGGGCAACCUACUGUCGAGAACGGACCUAUGCUUCAUGCUAAGUGCCGUAAUUAUUGGCUUGUGGAAGAAGCACGACCGACAAGAAACAACGGAAAAUUGCAUUUCGGGUAG